CUCACAAGGACACUAGUGUUCUACAGAUGCCCCAAUCAACCUAUCCAUAGCCAUCUGUAACCGGUGACCGUACUCCGACAAUGGCGUCUCUAAUUUCUUCCCCGUUGUCAGCUUCAUUUUCUAUCGUUCGUUUCCGUCAAACUUCUGUGUUUUCCACUCGCUUGCUUCCUGCAAGAAAUCUUCAACAGAGAUGCAGUUCUGAUAAUUAUGGAUGGCGCUCAGUUAAGUGCAGACUUCUCAGCGUCAAUGUCCCUCCUUCCUCAAAUCUUCCGACAAUGAUCAAGGAACCUCACAAGUAUUUUGAUCAAGCAAUCAUCACAGUUCGUUCGGGUGAUGGAGGCCAUGGAACUAUACUUAACAUGCCAUACCAGAGAAUCAAUAGUUCGCAAGGAAGACAUGAAAAAGAAAAGACAAGGAAAAAAAACUCUUAUAGAAGAGAUUUCGAUGGAUCGCUUAUCCUACCUUUGGGUGGGCAUGGAGGGGAUGUGGUGAUUUAUGCGGAUGAGGAAAAAGAUUCAUUAUUGGAAUUCCACAGCAAAAGCCGCUAUAAUGCAAAGCGUGGUGGCAAUGUUGAUGCAAUGGGUAUUUUGACCUCACAAUUGCAUGAUGGACUUGCUGCUCCAACUCUCCGUAUUCCUGUGCCUGUAGGUACCGUUGUAAAACACAAGAGAGGGAAAUUGCUGGCCGAUCUGGCACAACCAGGUGAUGAAGUUCUUGUUGCGAGGGGCGGACAGGGAGGGAUUAGCUUGUUAGAUCUGCCACGGCAUAAAAGGAAAAAGAUGAUGGCAUUGACAACAAAUGUGUUGAGAGAUGAUACUGAUAAGGUUUUAGUUCAUGGUCAGCCAGGUGAGGAAGUUAGCUUGGAGUUGAUCCUACGAGUUGUUGCCGAUGUUGGUCUAGUUGGACUUCCGAAUGCUGGGAAAUCAACACUACUGGCAGCCAUUACACUAGCAAAACCGGAUAUUGCUGAUUAUCCUUUUACAACAUUAAUGCCAAACCUUGGACGCCUAGGUGGUGACCCCAACUUGGGAGCUGGGAUGUAUUCAUCUGAAGCUACAUUAGCAGAUUUGCCCGGUCUUAUAGAAGGCGCUCACUUGGGAAAGGGUCUUGGUCGAAAUUUCCUGAGGCACCUCAGGAGGACGCGGCUUCUGGUCCAUGUUGUUGAUGCAGCCACUGAGAACCCCAUCAGUGAUUAUAGAACUGUGAGGGAAGAGUUGCGCAUGUAUAACCCUGAAUACCUUGACCGCCCGUACAUUGUGGUUCUGAAUAAGAUUGACCUUCCAGAGGCAAAGGACAGACUUCCAUCAUUGGCUGAAGAAAUACUGAGAAUUGGGAGCAUUUGUACACCGGGGCCAGAACUAACCUCUGAAGCUCCAGUUCAAUCAUUAUCCAACGAACUUGUUGUAAAGGAAAAGAAACUAGAGGAUUAUUCACCACCCCUGUCCGUUGUGGGCGUUAGUGUUCUGAAGGGAAUCAUGAUAGAUGACAUGUUAAAGGAGAUAAGGAAAGCUUUAAGGGAGUGCAUGGAUUCCACUGAAGUAUCAUCGGCUUUGAAUUGCCCUUGGAAAUUGGGAAGUGAUGUUUUGUCGAAACCGCAUUGGUCGCAAAUCUGGAAGUGACUACCACAGAGCAAGAUGAAAAAAUUGCAAAUUGAUUCUGGCGAACAGACCUCAAAGACUGAGGAAGCAUUGCUUGUGGACCCAGAUCCUCAUCCGCGGAUGGUUGGGAGCAACAUGGCAGAGUAAUUAUUAGGAGCCAUGAAAAUGAAUUGAUGAUACCUUUAUAAUAAACGGUGUUCUGUAAUUACUGUGACAUCCAAGUUAAUAUAGUGAUCAGCUUGUUACUUCCGAGUUGUGGCUGUAAAUAUGCAAAACAUGAUGCCGUGAUGGAAGCGUACAUGGGUGCGCCCUUUUAAUGUAAUUCUGAACUUCUUGAUCAAUUGUGAGGACAACCAAUGCCAUUUAUUGGGAUCUA